AUGCUUGCGUAUCUAGAUAUCGAAACUCUUCUCCCAAAUGGAAUAUGUGCAUCUUUACCAGGGAAUAGCUCAGUUCAAAACGAAAAGGAGUCUCUUUUAUCUCUGGUUUCUGAGCUAAAAUGCCAGUUAGCUGCAUGCAAGCGAUUUCUGAAUGAGCUAAUUACUGAACCAUUGCCCUUAUGCCAAAAUUGUUCGGGAUCACCCACUCCUGUAUCAGCUUCAGACCGCGAUGCCGAAAAACAACUUUCCUAUCCGAUUAAUAACUCUUUUGGCGAUGAUGAAUCUUAUUUUCUUUCCUACAGUCAUUAUGGAAUCCAUGCAGAAAUGCUAAGUAAGGAUCUUAUUUCAUCAGUCGUAUAUUUAUUUGCCUCUGAACUUAAAGCGAUGAGUAGCCAAUGCCUAUUCAUUUUCAAUGCCUUUGCUAAAUUUAUUGUCUACCAUUUUUGGUUAGGUGAUGACGUUCGCUCUGGGUCCUAUCGUACUUUUAUUAUCAAUAAUGCUGAUUCUCUUUUCAAAGGCAAGCGUGUUCUUGAUGUUGGUGCGGGUACCGGAAUUCUUUCCUUGUUUGCAACGCAGGCCUCUGCUGAGCAUGUUUUUGCAGUAGAGGCGUCAGCUGAAAUGUUUGCUGCCACUUGCGAAACAAUCUUAGAAAACAAACUGGAGGAUCUCAUCACAGUUAUUCAUGAUAGAGCGGAGUUAGCGCAGCUUCCUGUUUCCAAGGUCGACGUUGUAAUCAGCGAAUGGAUGGGACACUUCCUUCUACAUGAAUCUAUGCUGGAGUCGGUUAUCCAAAUCGCUAACAGGUAG